CCAACUUAUACCCAUGUUCACCUCUGCCAGAAACAUGCCAAAAACCCCUCUGGGACUUUGGACUCCAGCUGGCACCAGACCAAGAGAGUUACAAGAAGAAUGAAGAAGUGGGGCUGAGCUGUCCCAAGGGUUUCCAGCCAACCUUCACCCAUGUAAAAUGUACAGGAAAACUUCUGUCUGUUAUCAAUGGAAAACCUGUGUACAGAGAAACUUGGAAUGGAAGAGACACAAGUGGCAAUUGGAUCAGCAUUCAGUCCAAGUUCAGGGUACAGUGCCUUGAGAAAUGCCAGAAGCCCCAGUGGGACCCCAGGUUUAUCUUUGACCAAAAACAGGCAACCUUCAACCCAAAUGAACUGGUGAAGAUGAGCUGCCCUGACGGGUACUGGCCUUCUCACAUGGAGCUUAAAUGUGUGAUAUUGAAGCCAAGGGAAGGUUCUGUGGUUCCUCGUAGCGGCUGGAUAGUGAGGAAUGGCACAGACACCUGGUACCGUAUGGAGAAGAAUUUGAGCUGUGUUGAAGUCCUCCAGGUUGACCUUGAGAGUCUGAAGAUUUCCAGCACCAGCAUCAAACUGAACUGGACCUGCAUGCACCCUGACAUGUGCCAGCAUAUUCGGGCCAGGUGCCGGCUGGAGCACCAUUCCUCUUCAAACUGUGAGGCUAAGGAGGUGAAAAGAGAAGAGAUACUACAAGGCCAGGAGGGAACAUUCACCUGCUCCGCUUUGCAGCCCUUCACUGUCUACAGUGUCACCAUCUCCCUGCUGCCUAGAACAAUCCUGUACACAUGGCUCCUCACGACAAAGGAAACAGUGCCAGACAAACCAGAAAACCUGUUGAUGGAUGUCAGCACGGGGUCCCUCAGGUGGAAGGCGCUGCCCUCCUGCAAAGGGGAGAUUAUUGGAUACCAGCUGAACAUCACCACCAUGAGAGCAGAGGACGGCAGCUUCCUCGGAUUCAGUCAGGAGUUGGUGAACCAGUCUGUCUCUGAGUAUGUGCCACCUAAUCAGAGAGCUGGCAGGAAAUACCUGGUGACAGUGCAGGGCCUGACGGCAGCUGGGGCUGGGGCUGCAGCAGAGCUGGAAUUCAAAACCUACAUCCAGGGCCCUUGGCCUGUGUCAGCAGUCAGUGUAGUGGUGGUGGUGGUGCUGUUGAUCCCCUUGUCUGCUGGGAUCCUCUGGUUCGUGCUGUCCAGAAGAAAGAAGGCCUUGCCCAGCAAAGCCGAGGAGGAUCACUACACAGAGCUCCAGCCCUAUGAGAAUGUACAUGAGGGUAAUUACUGUGUGAUGGAGACUUUCCUUGAGAAAGAUGCAGGUAAAUGUGGCCAGGCUGGAGAGCCAUCUCCCAAGCCCUUGCCUGUUCUGGAAUCCUCAGGAGAGUCAAAGCAGUGAGGAAGAAGAGCAGCUGGAGUAAACAUCUGAGGCUCAAUGGUGAUGGCACUUGCCUUCUUCAGGCUUGGUCCUUCACCACUGUAAGCAGGACAAUGAAUCAUCUCAUGGAUUAUUGCUUCCCCCCAGUUAUCUUCAUCAAGCUCCAGAAUCCCCUGUCACAGCACAGGAGCAGCUCAAGGCAUGGGAUGACCUGCUUGUGCCUGCAAGGAUAUGUCCCAGUAGUUCUCCAGUGUUCUGGCAUAACCAUCUCACCAGCAUCUUGGUGCCUGCAAGUGUCCCUUGAGAAUGGAGGAGCUCACAACUCCUCUUUCCACCCUGUGUCCUUGUAUCCAUCUAGACCCUGUCCUCUGCUUGAGCUUUGCCUAGCUCUGCUGCCCUGGCCACUGUACUGCUGUGUCUGAAACAACCAAUAAAUUGUUCUGGUUUGCAGGGGCUGCCUGGCCCA